GUUCCCACCGCGGUGCCAGGCACGCCGCGUCCUGCCUGCGCCAUUUGUCGCUCUUAAAAAGACCGUUCCCUUUUACUACAGGUCUGAAUUUGUCAUCAAAUGGUAUUGGUUUUUUAUUUGCACUUCCAAGGCAUUUAAAUGCCACUAUUGCCAUGCGAUCGGUUCAUUUGCCAGAUCUGAUGACAGCAAUGCAUUAUGGAAUUGUAAUAAUGCUCGCGGCCCUCUAAACGACUCUCCAUGAUGUAUAUUUUGCAUGGAGUUUGUGUCAUCUUUUUGUCACGGGAUUGCGCUUAAUCAUGUGUCAGACAGCAGACUACAAUCAGUUACUGCAUUUGCAUCAGUAAAACGGAUCAAAUUCUGUCCUCAAGCUUGUCAUGCAGCGCAGACGGGGCUGUCAAGUCGCAUCUGCGUCAUGUGUCUUUAGUGCGCAUAUUUUCAUUUGCUUUAUGUCCGGGUGUCUCGCAGGCUGUGUCCUUGAGACUCGGCUCCUCUAGUGCUACUAAGGUUGACAAAGGUCCAUGUGCGAUGUUGUUUUCCGUGAUCGAAGCCGACGUGAUCGCACUGAGACUCCCCCCCUUCCGCGGUACACACCUUGAAACCGGAGUACUAAUCCGAAUGGCAGCCGGAAAAUAGUCAGACAUCUCCCGGAACAAGAAGCAAAGAUCAUCCCGUAUCUGAAGGGGAAUAUCCCGUCCUCCUCCUCCUCCCCCCACCCCCUUAGCACCGCCGACGCCCUCCCCUCCGCUCGGAUCAUUUCGCCGCUGCAGAAGGGACAUGAUCUCAGCUCGGGAAUGGCAUCCUCGCAGAGUUACUGUAGGGCUGAGGGGCCGGGAGACGCCGGCGAUGAGCUGGACCAGUCUUUGCAGCAGAUGCUGAAAGCAAUCGCCGACGAACGAAACCGGCUCAACAUGAAGCAAGAAAUCACCAGUUUAAGCUGCUUCAAGGACGACAGGAUUGUAUUCUGGACGUGGAUGUUCUCCACCUACUUCAUGGAGAAGUGGACUCCACGCCAGGACGACAUGCUCUUUUAUGUGCGCAGGAAGCCGGCAUACAACGCCGAGAACAUCGAUGGGAAGAAAGUGGAGGUGGAGGUGUACAGGAGGGACUCCAAGAAACUGCCCGGACUGGGGGACCCGGACAUCGACUGGGAGGACAGUGUCUACCUGAACCUCAUCCUGCAGAAGCUGGACUACGUGGUCACCUGUGCCGUCUGCACGCGCUCAGAGGCUGGAGACAUACACAUCCACAAGAAGAAGUCACAGCAAGUGUUCGCCUCUCCAAGCAAGCACCCAAUGGACAGCAAAGGCGAGGAGUCCAAGAUUAGCUACCCCAACAUCUUCUUCAUGAUCGACAACUUUGAGGAGGCUUUCGGUGACAUGACAGUGGGGGAGGGCGAGAUGGUCUGCGUGGAGCUGGUGGCCAGCGACAAGAGCAACACCUUCCAGGGCGUCAUCUUCCAGGGCUCCAUCCGGUAUGAGGCCCUCAGGAAGGUCUAUGACAACCGGGUGAGUGUGGCAGCCAAGAUGGCACAGAGAGUGUCCUUUGGCUUCUACAAGUACAACAACAUGGAGUUUGUCCGCAUGAAGGGACCCCAGGGGAAGGGCCAUGCAGAGAUGGCGGUGAGCCGUGUGCCAACCGGAGAUACCUCACCCUGUAACACCGAGGAGGACAUGGACUCGCCCCUGCACGAGCGGGUCACCUCCUUCAGCACACCACCCACCCCGGAGAGGAACCGGCCCUCCUUCUUCUCCCCGUCCCUACGCCGCAAGGUACCGCGCAACUACGUUGCUGAGAUGAAGAAGUCACACUCCGCCAACGACAGCGAGGAGUUUUACCGUGAGGACAGUGGAGGAGAUCUUCAAAAGGCCACCAACUUGCGCUCGCGUUCACUGUCAGGCACGGGCCGCGCCCUGGUGGGCUCCUGGCUCAAACUGAACCGAACUGAGGACAUUUUCCUGCUGUACGCCCACCUCACCUACGUCACGCUACCCGUGCACCGAAUAACCACAGAUAUACUGGAAGUGAGACAAAAGCCCAUCCUGAUGACAUAGCAGAAGGUUCCUCCAGCUCACUGCCAAGUGCCUAGUUGCAUCAGGCCACAGACAACACUACCACCUAGUGUCAAGACGGGAAGCCAAAAAGAGUGCGACAGGAAGACGAGGCGGUGUUUCACGAUGAGGAGCAGGGGGAAACAAUAGCAAACCAGCCAUUCAGAAGUGCCUCUACCUUUGCCACCUGACACCUGUUCACAGGAGGAACAAGGCCGUCUGAAGCGACAGACCCCAUCCGCUGAUUCUCACCACCCUGCGGUUUCCUGUUGGGAUUAUCCGUAGCCCUCGAAUGAUGCACCGUUUAUUGAACUUUGCUCCGAAGGCAACGUCUCUACUUUCCUGUAAAUACCUGCCACUCGGCCACUCACCGAAAGGCCUUUAGGUGACUGUAUUGUGUAGCGUUUGCACUAUGUCGUACUUUUCACACAGGAUUCCUUUUUUAGGGAUGUACCUUUUUAGGGUUACGCUUGGUGUUGUGGCCUUUGGUGUUUUUUGGUUUCUUUAUAUCAGCAGUGUCGGAGGCUGGGUUACUGUAUAUUAACUGCUGUUAACCUAGUUGAAUGUAACUAGGCAGUACGCGUAUUGUAUCCCUGCUAAUCUUUUACGGCAACCUCACUGAUAGAGAGGUUUCUUUUUCAAUGAAGUAUUUUAAACUUUAAUGUUAACAUAUUAUGUGUAUAAAGACUUUACACUGAGAGUAAUUAUAAGGACUCAUUGUGAGAGCAAUUUGAGUAAAUAGGACGCUAAUAGGACAGUUGUUAAUAAUGUUGCUAAAACCCAAAUAUCACAAACUGAUGUUUAUCUGAUAUGCUAUGUACAGAAAGUAUUAACUGUGAUAGUGCGCAUUGGGUAGAGCACCUGCUCACUUCCUGUCCUGUCCUGUGCUUUCGGAUAUUUCCUCUCUCAAGGAGACAAACCAUCGGAGGGGUAUGGAAGUUAAGGCCGGUACAGCUAAUCAGAUGGUGGAACCAGAGUCACUGCACUCCGGUAGUUUCCAAAAAUAGACAUCCAGUAAAGUGAAUUCAUGUACAUCCUCUUAAUAAAGCUUACGGUUUUCCUAGCUUGAGCUGAACAGAGAGGUUGGAUAUUUUUGAGUCAAUGAACUUGUAAACAUUCACUCCUGUCUCCUGAACCUCAGGUAACGGCAGAUGCUUAACUCGCAGCAGAGGCAGUUAACAGGACAGCAAAGCUAUACUGUUAUUUUCUGUACUUCUCAUAACCCUGACCAAGAGUAGUCACUAGAGGAUGGAUGGAUGGGUCUCAUAUACUUUAAUGCCUACCCAUGAGGUGUAACAAAAUAUGGACAUGGUGUUUCACUGUAAUUAUCUUCUCUAUUUAGCUGACUUUCCAUAUCAUGAUCAACUAUGUACCCAUUCAUAAAAUCCAAGUAGUAUCCUUCUGAGAGCAACCUGAACCACCGUCUUCUUUUCUGUUGAAUACUUGCCGGCAGAAGUCUGUCUAAAGUUUUGUAUCUCUGACACGUCCCCGAGUAUCUCCCAGUCACUUUGACAGCUUUCCAUUUCUGAGAGAGCGUCGCAAUUUUUUUAGGUUCACUUUGCCUUUUACGGUGGACGCGGGAGUGCCUUCAGGCUGAGGCAGAAAUGCGGUGUUCCCACGGAUGGAAGAGGAAGGAUGUUGGCCUACCCAACUGGUCGCUGUCACGCUGGCAGAUGGAAGCCCGACAGAGAACGUUGCACCAGCAGGGGAAACUGCAUCUGGAACACUUGGACAUGGACCAACAAAGUACACGCCAUCGGUCGCAGACGGACACUGUACUUAGAGACGCCAAAGCACAGCUCCAGGGAGCGUUGCACACACGGAGGAGCAGCCAUGUCAGUAUGCUGGCCAUAGUCCCGUGGUCUAGUACAACUGUGCACUGGCUGACCCAGAGCUCUUCAGAAAACCAGUGCUUGAAGAACCCCUUUAAUGAUCUGAGCUUCCUUUCUGACUAUCCCAACUUAACUCCAUCCAGUGAUAUACACCUGUAACGGGUCCUAUGAGGAUCUCAGCUUCUCAUCCUACUGCUCAGUGAGCAAACGUCCUCUUGAGUGAAAUUUAUGACUGCUUUGUGAGAGCUGAGCAAAACCAACUGCAAAAAACCAUAGGGACCGAUGUGUAAUCUGAGCAUUUUGCUAUCUGAGGACAAGUAUACUUGAGCAGCAUUAAGAACUGACUUUCCAGUAAUUCCUCACCUUUCCUUGUUUAAUUUGUAUGCUUAUGCUGAUGUAUACAGAUAGGAAGAUGUUCAUUCUGGAAGCCUGUUUUGUGGUGACAGUUCAAAUGCUUUAAACAUUUUUUUAUACAUUAACACAAAUCCAUGUGCAUGUUGUCAUAAUUUGAAUUUUUUUUCUCCUAAUUCCUUAAAAUACAAAAGUUAUCAGAAACUA